CCCUUUCCAGAUCUUUCUCGAACUCGGGGAGGCUUGCCGGAGAGCCUGUGCGGAAAGAGCCGAAUGCCGCAGCCGGAGUUUCGCGGCGUCCCCGCUUGGCGGCCUCGGGCGCGUGUGGGCGCGCGUGCGCAGAGGCGAGGAAGUGCCGGUUGGUGGCUGUUGCUCCGCAGUGAGUGAGAGAGCGAGCGAGGAACCGCGUCGCAGCAACAGCCGCAGCCGACAGCAGCGCCCGCCCGACGAGGCACCGCCGCCACAGCAGCGGGCAAGCGGGGGGAGGAAGAAAGGGGACCACACCCGGCGCAGCCAUGUCUGUGGUGGGCAUCGACCUGGGCUUCCAGAACUGCUACAUCGCGGUGGCGAGGAGCGGCGGCAUCGAGACCAUCGCCAACGAAUACAGCGACCGCUGCACCCCGUGAGUAACCGGCCUUCUCGCCGCCGCCGUCGCCGGCCUCCCAACCGUCAUUUGGUCUUAGGCCCCGAGAAGGAAAGCGGCCCCCCUCCAACUACCGCUCCCGGCACGCUCCCCCCCCCCCCGCCCCAAAUAACUACCGGCUUCCUCACCUUACGCAGCAACUACCGGCCGUCUCCACACCGCAUAAUGAGCUUCGAAUGAGAAACGGCCGGGCGCCGGUGUCUCUCCUCUCUCUCCUUCAGCCGCUGCCCGCGACGGCCGGGCGCCUCCAUUUUCAUUCAUGUACCCCUUGCUCUCUUCGCCGCACCCCCGUCCUUUUAAUUUUUCCCCUCCCAAGGAUUGAUUGCAUUCAUCUCGCUUAAAUGGGUGAUGCUCCGCACCCCCGAUUCUCCGUAAGAGAACGGUCUGGAGGUUGUUGUUUUUUUAACCUCCCUCGGAAAUUAAUCACUAUGAUGACAGGUCUGGAUCUCCUUCAGCCUUUAAGGGCUUGGAACCCACUUUUAGCCUCAACCUAUCAUAGGGACUGUGGACCCUCUUCCUACUUACUGUUUUAGAAACCGUGCUUAUAUCUUUCCUUGGGGGGGGGGUCUUUUGCCAUCUCAUCGUCCUUCUGAAUUUUACUUCUCUUUGAAAAUAAUCCCCCUCUCCAUUUUUUUAAAUGGUAGAAGUAUUGGUGUGCAACUCGAUCACAACCCCGUGGUUGAAACCCUGUGUCUUGCAGGUUACAGCAUCAAAUAAUCCCGAGGGAAUUAUUUCGUGCGUUACUCAGUGUUCUGUUCUUUUUGUGAGCUCUUCACUAUACGACUUAAUUAAGUUUGGACAGGGGAAAAGAAUAAAGCAUUUUCCUACUUGGUAAAUAACCCCAGAUGGUUGGACAGUGUUCUCGAAGCUACCAACAUGAGUUUGAUCAAACUCCGGGAGGCAGUGGAAGACAGGAGUGCCUGGCAUGUUUUGGUCCAUGGGGUCACAAAGAGUCGGACACAACUAAACGACAACAAAAAUAACCCCAAGGUUUCAAUGUUGACACAGUCUUUCCAGAAGCUUGAAAGGUGGCUAUAAUACUUUACAUGAACAAAAUAAAAUACUCAGUUUAGGGGUAAUUCUGAUUGCAGCAAUGUGCAACAUUUACAGUCCACCCUCUGAAUUCACCAUAUUGGAGUUGUGUGGAUAAAAAGGAAAGGCAGGAUAGAAGGGAUAAAAGUUGACGCAGCUCUUCUUCUCUUUUUACACCCCACACCCUUCUGUCUGACCUGUUACUACUUGUUCAGUUGCCUCACCUGGAUGUAGGGCAUGGAAGGUGAUGUCAGUGAAUAGUUGGUGUGCUGUACGUAUAAUAACAGAGUAUGCAAGAGUAGGUGGAGAUUCCUCAUUCUCCCUUGUUUCCAUGGGUUACAGCUAGAAGUGGUAAAUGAGCAGUAUCUCUGUGUAGUUAUUCUAGCACAAACUAGGGAUUCACAUAACAAAAAGCAGGGGAUCUGUAAUUGCUGGCUUUCUGUCUCUUUGAAAAGCAAGCUUAUUGCUAGGAAAGCUUAUAACUAUUCAUUAAUCACUUAAAUAUAGCAUAAAUGUAGUGAGGAUGUGAAAACAUGAUUAUAGGAAAGGUUAGAAUGUUCAUGCAAGAACUUUUUUGUUGGACCAGACCAAAAGUUCAGUAUUUGAAUGCUCACAGCCAGGUCACAAAGAUAUUUCUUUUCAGCAUUUUGCUUCUUUGAGAUACUGCCUCUGAAACAGAUGGGAUGGGAUUGGAAUAAUGGGAAAGCAAAAGUAAUAAGGGGUGGACAUGAGUAAAAGCAGUUAUACUAGGGUCCUGUUUGCAAACAGUGCUAAAUUAUAGUUUAGCAAUUACUGGGGAGAACCUUGGCUUGCAGGCCCUGGGUUUAUGCACUCCAAACCCUUCUCUCUCCUCCUUCACAGCUUUUGUUGAAGCAUACUAGGACCAUAAAGCAUUGUUUGCUCCUGAAUUGUUUUAAAAAUCUGAAAUUUAAAUGAAUCCGUUUGUUUUAAAAUGCCCAUCAAUUCCAGUCUCUUGGUGGUGUCUGUUCUGGAGAAGUAGGGAGCAUGUGAGCCCAACGUUUGCUCAGGCUUGUUUUCAUAGUGCUAAACUAUGGUUUAGCAUUGCAUCUAUACCUAGACUUCAUUGCUGUUGAGGAUAAAAGCUAAAGGUUAAGGAAUAGCUUUACUUUUUAAUAAGUGUAUUACAUGGCUACUAGAAAGGUUUCACAGAAAAUUUACCAUAAAUUUUUAAUGACGAUUACAAGAAAUAAUGUAUGUGGACAAAUGCUGAAUAGUCCCUUUCUUCUCUCCCUCUCUCCAUCGAAUACUUUUCUGUGAACCGCCCUGAGACCUCUGGGUAUAGGGCGGUAUAUAAAUUCAAUAAAUAAUAAUAAUACUAAGGUAGCUUAGUUAUCAGAUGAAAAACAUAAGAACCUGCUGGAUCAGGCCUGUGGCAAGUCUAGUCCAGCAUCCCGUUCUUGCAGUGAUUCCCAGCAACUGGUAUUCAGGGGUAUACUGCUUCUAGCAGUGAAAGUAGAACAGCCAUCAUGGCUAGCAGCAUCUUCCAUGAAUUUGUCUGAUUUUCUUUUAAAGCCAUCCAAUUUGGUGGUCAUUACUACUUCUUGGAGGAGCAUAUUCCAUACUUUAGUUAUGAGUUCUGUGAAUAAUUUAUUCUUCCUUUAGUCUGUCUUAAAUCCUUCAACAUUCACCCUCAUUGGAUUACCCAUCACUUCUGAUGUUAAUGAAAGAGGGAGAAAAACCUUUCUUUCUCCACUUCUUCCACACCAUGCAUAAUUUUAUAAACUUCUAUCAUGUCUCCUCUUAGCUUUUCUCUAAACUUGUUGUUUAGUCGUGUCCAACUCUUCGUGACCCCAUGGACCUGAGCACGCCAGGCACUCCUGUCUUCCACUGCCUCCCGCAGUUUGGUUCUCUAAACUAAAAAGCCCCAAAUAUUGUAAUAUUUCCUCACUGAGAAGUUGAUAUAUUCCCUUGACCUGCAUUUGCUGUUUUACUGCCCAUUAAUUCAGUUUGGAGCUCUUCUCAGUCCUUUUUUGUUUUAGUCUCCCUGAACAAUUUAGUCAGCAAGCCUGACUACCACACUACUCUAUCCCUAAAUAAUUCAUGAACAAGUUAAAAAACACAGGUCUCAAUACAGAUUCUUGGGGAAUGACACUUUCUACAUUCCUUCAUUGGCAGAGCUGUCCAUUUAUUCCCAUUCUUUGCUUCCUGUUUCUUAACCAAUACCCACUCUUCAAACUUUUGUAUGUAAAGGACUUGCUAGAUGCAGCUAUUCAAGGCUGUUGGAAUUCUAGCCAAGGAAAGCACCAAAAUAAGUUUUACUGUUGGAACCAUUAAAGGAACAGAUCUCUCAUGCUAUGAAGUUUCCAAGCUCUCUUAUAUAGCUCUUGUAAAAUCAUAAUUUAAACUUAACAGUGUAAGUACCAUGGUAGGAAGCUCAUGAUCUGGGUUGCCCUAGUAGAAUGGGAGAACCCAGCUCCUGGAGAUAAAAUUUAGCCAAUCGCUGCUUAUAUCCUAAGAAUCCUAGUCCACUAAAUUGAUAAUACAAAAUGAGCUUCCAUAAUCUUGGGAAACAUGCCUGAUCAAAAGAUAAUUGAAGUGGGGUAUUCCUAAACUAACUCAAAAUGCCAUGUUUUCUAUUUCGAGCCUUAUGCAGUUCAUUGAGGUCAAAGAAGCCCAAAAUUUUCUGAUUUGUAUUAGACCUGAUGAUGUAGUCUAGCUCCUGGAGAACAUACAGUUAUUGGUAUUCUGCAUCUCGACCUUAGGUUUCCUAAAAUUUAGCACUUUGGCCUUUUCAUAGUUAUACAAACAUUCAAGGAGCUACUCUAAAGAAGAAAGUCCCAAAUGAUGUAUCAGAUCUUUUUAGUAUAAGGCUGGUUUUGGAUGUUUAGGUUUUAUGGCUUCAUUCUUGUUGUGACACUUGGAAUGACAGAAGUAAGAUACUGUUUGCAAUUGCUGUUUUGAAGCUACAUUGGAAGGCUUGGUAGUGCUGAAAACUGGGAAUGCUCUUCACAAGGAAGUAACCCUGUAAAAAUCUGCUCCUAAAACUCCCUAUCAUUUGAGGAUUUGAAAAUUGUGAAGGAGGAUGAUUACCUGCACAAAUAAUCAAUGCAUGUGAAAUGAAGUUGCUGUAGAUUGAUGCAAUGCAUCCCAUGGUGCAGUACAUCCAGUGAACCAAAUAACUGUAAUAAACAAGAUAUUUGUAAUUUCCCAGUCAUUUGAAUGCUUUGGGAGGAAGGGUGGGAUAGAAAUAUAAUAAAUGGAAAUAAUAAACAAUGAUUUCAGGACCUCAUUUGCACCAACUUUAAAGUGGUCAAGAGUUUUAAAAACCCUUAUUAUAAACCUUACAAUGAUCAUACAUGUAGGAUAAGAAUAAUGACUUCUGCUCUUUAGGCUGAUAAGGAGCUGUAAAUUAACUAGACAUGAAUUGAUUAGGAAGUGCUUAAAAGGCAUUAUUGGGGCAUAUAUAUCUGAGACUAUAAUUAUUCUUAGUAAUGGGCAGCAAGAAAACAACUGUGGAAAAUAAUAUGUACAAGUUUUUUAUUUUUUUAAAUUUAAAUCAUGCCAUGCAAUAUGCAAGCAAAAUGUACUGUGGGCAAAGACUGUCUCUAAUUUCCUAUCCCACAUUGCUGAAAAACUACCGUCUGCAAUUAAAACAAGAAUUAGCUUUGGGUUGCACACCAGGGGGUAUCCAUGUUCUUGGCUAUGAAGUGCAACUGUGCCUCUUUGAAAAAAUGGAGGGUGGUGCAUCACUCCAUGUGGAAAAAAUGAAAAAAGGCUAAGGCUGGAAUUAGUCAGUCUUGGGCAUAUACUUACUUUUCUGGCUGAAGAAAGUCAAUAUAUACAACAGAACUGAGGCAGUUGUUAACUAACAUUAUACUAUCAGGCAAAUGUGUACUUUAAACUAACAGUAUUACCCAGUUCCUUUGUUUGUGACAUCUCCAAAGGAGCUGUGUUUUUGUUAGAAAAAGAUGUAAAUUUGACAAUCUUACUAGAAUGCAUUACAUAGAAUUCUCCAUAUGUUAGCUCACCAAUUUCUGAGAUAGAUUCUUGAGAUUAAGACCAUCUGUCCUUUUAAGGAUGGAUGAAUAAAGCAAGUUGGCUGAAUUUGAAUACAUGUGGAGAGUGUCAAGAUGAUAGUUCAAGGUUCUGCUUUGCAAAUUAUGCUAAUGGUUGAGUUUUUGAGAUGCAGGUGUGAGUUCAGUCUGUUUGUGUGAUUGCUAUUUGUUCUAGUACCACAGUGGUUUACUUGCAUGGUUUUGCUACUAAGAUAACUAAUGACACAACUUUACUUGUGUGUGAUGGAAAGAAAAUCUGAUUGUUUCAGAAAUAAGUAUCCCCAACUGACUGUUUAUUCUUUUCUGGACUCAUUUGAAAAUUGAAUAUCUUUUCUAUUUCAGAGCUUGUAUAUCACUAGGAGCUAAAGCCCGGACUAUUGGAAAUGCAGCAAAGAGCCAGGUAAAUGUUAAAUUAUUAGUACUUUUGUGAAAGCUGUUGUCAUUCCAAGCAGCAGUUCUUGAUUCUCAUGAGAAUUUAUAAACAUUGGAAAUUAGUAAUGGCAAUUUUAUACUUCAACAGAUUAUCACAAAUAUUAAGAAUACAUUGCAUGGGUUCAAAAAACUGCAUGGGAGAGCAUUUGAUGAUCCUUUUAUAAAAGCUGAAAGAGCCAAACUGCCCUAUGAGCUUCAGAAGUUGCCUAAUGGGAGUGUUGGAGUAAAGGUGAGUGUUCCAGCCCGUCUUGCAAUAUCUACAUUUAAACUGUUAAUAUUUAUGGUGUUUUGUGCAUCCUAUCAAAUGAUCCCUUCAGUUUGACUUGCCAGAAUGUUUAAUGCCAAAACAGGGCAGUGUUGAUGAUUUGAUGAGAUAGAUCUGAAUAUUUGCAGACGGUAUAACGGAGAUACUGAAUCUGCUCACGUAAACCUGUCUGUGCAUCUUUGGAGGCACUCCUCAAAUGGGAGAUGAGGCAGAUGGCAACUGGAAGAGGGCCUUUCUGAUUGUUGUGUGUCACCUGUGGAAUAUUUCCCUAAGGAACCUUUCCUAAUGCCUACUUUAAGAUCCUCUUGGCAGCAAAGAAAGACCAUUUUUUUGCCCUUUUCCAUAUCAUUAUUCUAAAGUAAACUUAUCUGUGGUUUUUGUUCUUUUGUUUUAUUUAUUUAAAAUGUUCUGUGUGUGUGUGUGUGUGUGUGAACACUGUAAGUGUAUAUAUCUGUAACACUGUAAGUCAGAAUUCCCAUAUUGUGAUUGGUUGUCGAUUCCUGUUCAGUGUACAUUUAGUCUCAUCUGCCUAAUUAAUGUACCUUCAUGACAUGUUAGCCACAUGCAUGAUUUACCUUUAGGUAUGCAUACAAAAUAUCUUGAAUGGAUAUCUGAUACGUCCAUGGGGCAUUUUAUAUUGUAGUUCAGAGGGUUAUUAAAUGUUAUGGCAAUAUUUUGGAAGAUUGCAUUAAACAUUUAUUGGAAACACAUUAUGAUAAAAUGUAACACUUCUGGGGCACUGUGUGCUUUAAUGGAUACUGUUUUCCUUUUGUUGCAGGUACGAUACUUGGAUGAGGAGAGACCCUUUGCAAUUGAACAGGUUACAGGCAUGCUCUUGGUUAAGCUUAAAGAUACGUCAGAAAGUGCACUUAAGAAACCUGUAGCAGAUUGUGUAAUUUCAGUAAGUUGGCAUUUUAUGACUUUAAUAUGCUUAACAUCAAUUGUGUUGUAUUCUAUUGGGGAAUAUCAAAAUGAAACAUAUUGCUUAAAAGGAAACAUAAAUAUGCUAAGAUGGUUAUGCUUUGCAGAAUAUUUACCAUAAUUUCUCUGAGUUUUUCCAGCUGGUAACACUUAUAGAAAUGUGAGCAACAGAAGUCCUUUCAUUUACUGUUGUACCCAGUGCUGUAAAAUCUUUUCAAAGACAGGCUUCAGGUAAAGUUGAAGGUUGACCUACUUAGUUUUACUGUGUUCUCUAUGAACAAGGAUGCAAGAGGGAGAGACUAGCUCGGUGGUAAGUCACAUGUUGCAGUCUUAGAAACCUUGGGCAGCCUGAGUAGCUAAUACUUAACUUGGUAGACAGACAGAUCUGGUUCACACAAAAUGAUACACCAUGGUUUGGUUAACCAGUGUGAUUUGUUUGAAUAUGUGAGCCCAGCCCAGCAGACUAACUAUGGUUUCUUUUCUGUCAACAAACCAUACUGUGAAGCCAUUGGGUUUUUUUCUCUUGGUUUUAGAACCAUGGCUUGUUUUAACAAUGAUGAACCCAGCAGCCUUGCUUAAACUUUGGGGUUUUUUUAACCAUUCCACUCCAGAUGCUCUCUGAUAAAAGGGCUCAAGGCAAGAACAGCUAGAAAACAAGUCAAGCUUUGGAGAAACAAGCUGUUGCUUGUUUGCUCAUCUGCAAGAUGAUUCCUGAGUUGUUGAAUAAAUUUUGGCUUAGCAUUAAGUGUUAAAUGAAGCCAAUAUCUGACAUGGUGCACGGCUGCUUCCUCUUUUCAGUGGGAAAGGAGUCCAGGUUUAGGGAGUCAAGUUAACCAGCCUUUGAUAUAGAAGAAGCAUCAAAAUGCAUGGACAAGAAGUAGUUUUAGUGUGACAGAUUGAUAGAAGCUGUACUUUUUUGUUUAGUAAAUUGGUAACCACUAGAAUCAAGUAUUUCAUGCAGCUUUGGAUAAAAAGUAAGAAAUCUGAAUUCAACCAGGAACCAAGCUUUUAGAAUCUGACUGGAUGUGUACAUGAUAUUACCUUCCAUAAUAUACCACUUCUGCAAAUAUCACUAUUAGAUUACAACACUCUUGUCACUUUGUGUUACAUUUGACUAGAAAGAACGUAAAGGAAUGUGUAGGCUAACAUUAAAGGCUUGAUUUUGUUGUUGUUGUCAAAUGAGCCUCACCAACUGGGAAAACGACCAACAACACUCCUGUAGAUGUUCUCAGUGACCAAGCUGGGAUGUAAGGGUUCAAGCAGUCCCUGAGCUACUCUGGACCUAAUUUGUAAAUUAAUACAAUAACCUUGAACUUGGCUUGGUAGUAAUUUUCAUUUUGAAUCUAGAUUCAGUUUGAACAGAAAUAUUUAAGAAACAAACUUGAUUCCUUUAAUAAAUUUCCAUGCAUAGUCAUAACAUAACACCAGCAUGAGCACCAUCAAAAAGACUUCUAUCCAGCACUUUGCAACCAUUAUUCUCUUCUCUUGUCACUCCUUCUGUGACUCACUUUCUUAAGUCCUUACUUUUUCUGCCCAUUCCAUGUCCCUUCUAUCAAAGCCCUUCACAUCCUUGUCCGUCCCUCUAUAUUUCUCCAUUCUAAUAACCUGAUGCACCUCUGACUGUGUUCUUUACUCUUUAAGCUCCAUUGCCCUCUGUGGUCCAAAGGACUCUUCCUUCCUCAGCUCUUUAUACCUUGAACUGCUUCCCAAACACCUCAGUUAAGCUACCUUGAAAUUCAAAACCCAUAUUUCAUUAGGCUUUUGGCACACACCAAAUGUCCCUAUACCCUAAACCUGAGUAUAUGCAACUGAAAUAAAUGGAUAUUCUUUCCCUAUUUACACCUAUUGUCUUGUCCUUCUUUUGUCUCCCUUGUGCUGGACUAUGGAUAAGUUUUUCAGGAUAAGGACCAGUCUUCCUGUACUUACUAAUGCUGAAAACCUAAAAACUGUAGUGAUUUCAGCAUUUCUACUUAAUUGGAAUGUGAAUUGAACUAUUUAAGUACUAUGCGUUAAUAGACUUAUAUCUGCUUAAAUGGAGUAUUUUUGAGUUUUACAGUACAAUAAGAUGUUUGGAAUAUUCCUUGUGUGAAAUUCAUUAGCAAAAAAGGAAUGCAGUGAAGCUAAUAAAACAUUUUUUCAACAGAUCCCAAGUUUCUUUACUGAUGCUGAAAGAAGGUCAGUAAUGGCAGCUGCGCAAGUAGCAGGUUUAAACUGCCUGAGGUUAAUGAAUGAAACUACAGCAGGUAAACUUGUGGCUUUGAUUAUUACUAUAUAGCAUACAGCUUAGUUUAGAAUCAAAUUUACAUUGAGUGUCAAGAUGUAAACCAGAGCAAUUGCUGAAAUGGUGCACUAUAUCAUCACCCCCUAGGGCAGCUUGUUUACAAGUAAACUACUCUAUAGUAGAGGUGGGAGAUUAAGGCAAUGUAUAUGCAAAUCCAUCAUAGUUUUUAAUCUUACUCUGAGAUGUCUCAUUUAACUCCUUUCACGUUUUUAAUCAAAACAUUUUGAAGAUGAGUGUUUAAAAUGUCACUUCUUCAUGAUGGCUUUUAAUUUGGCACUAUCCAAAAUGCCACUUAAAUACUUACAUGUACUUUUGGAUAUAUCUUAAUACACAGAACUUUCUAAGUUGUUACAGUUACCAUCAUAAAGCUAUUGAUGACACAUUCAGUCUGUUUUAAUAAUAGUAGCUAGACAAAAUUGCUGAUCAUGUGUGGAUUCUGGCUUCAGUGUUUACCUAGCCAUUUGAUUCCAGCAGGACAUUGGAAUAUAGGAGCCUACACUGAAUCGUUUGCUCUUUCUGUCUUUGCAUGUUUGAAAUCAAGUGCAAAACACCAUAAUUGGAUAAUUCAGACACUGAUUGUAUUUAGAUAUAAAAUGGUUUGGAUCUUAUCCAUUGCUGUUGUUCUGCUAGCACAACAGAUACCUGCUUGCACAAUGAAGCUUUCCCCUCCUCUGUCCAAAGGUUUGGCGGACCCUCCAGAUAAGAUUUUGAGGGUAUGCUGGGAGCAGGAAACAGAACUCCACACAAAUAACACUGAAUACAGUCCCUUUUUCUGUUAGAGAAGAUAAUAGAUUAUUCUAAUGCAAGUAAAGCAGACUUCUUGGAGGAGCCUGAAGAUAUAUACCUAAUGCCUUUUUAGUUUUUUCAUGAUUCUAUAAUGUAUUUCAUAAUAGUAUUCUAAUGCUACUUAAGUUUCACAAAAUUUAUUCUUUACUGUCUUGCAGUUGCACUGGCCUAUGGAAUUUAUAAACAGGAUCUACCAACCCCAGAGGAGAGACCAAGGAAUGUGGUUUUUGUUGAUAUGGGACACUCUGCAUACCAAAUUUCUGUUUGUGCUUUUAACAAAGGAAAAUUAAAGGUAAAAUAUUGAACUCAUAUGUGAUUCAGAAAAGUAAAGAAGCAUAGGAAAUUAUCACAGUUACCAGUAAUUCAUAUCUAUAAUGGGCUGCUGCAAAUCAGUGUCUGGUAUUGUGACCAUUCCUUUAGAUCAGGCAGUCCUUUCUGAAAUGCAUAUAAAGAAAUAUGAUUUGCCUACUACUUCAUCCUAACCUAGUUUUUUUGUUAUUGUGGCAUGACAAUAACAAAAGCUUCUUUUCUGAAGGAGGCUGUAUAACAUUUUUUCCAAAAUCCUGUCCUUAGUACCAGCGCAUCAGGAUAUAAACCAUCUACUCAUCCUCGUAUUACUUUGUGGCAGUCAAAAUAUGUCCAUCCCCUCUUAUUCAGGUGCAAAUCUUGGUUCUGAAUCCUAUCAUACCACAUUGGCAGGGGCAGGGAGGGAAAGCUAUUCAUGCCAUAAACUUUGCCAACACUUGCUCAGACUCCAAACACUGCUGACAUGUGACUCCCAACAGAUUACCCACAUAGGAAUGCAGCCCUAGAUUAAAAUACUUUUACCACCCUGCUUUAGAGGGUUGGUAUCUAACUUGAAUGUAUUUCACUCUUGAUGUAGCUGAAUAAGUUGUCCCUAGCUUAUAAAUAGUUAAGUGUAUUAGUAAGCAUUUUAGACAUUAAAAUGCUUGUAUUUCCCAUUAGAGUAACAAGCAUCUUCAAAACUUCUUAGAAAAUAAGUGAGCCAAAAGCAGUUUGAAAUGUCAAUAUAUUGGGCAAAAUCCAGCAUAAUGCAAGUCAAUUUUCACUUAUGUGACAGGACUUCUCUCCUGUUCCCUCACACCCUCCUUAAAUUUUAGGAAUGCACAGGAGGCUACAGGGACAGGGAAAAGGUGAAGUCCCAUUGCACAAACCAUAAGUCCAUUCCAUAACCACACAGGGACACCAUUUAUCUCUUAUUACUGCAGCUUUUUGGCAGAGGAUAGUGAAGACUAAAUCUUAAAGCCGCAAAGAGAUUCAUACAUGUUUGAUCCAACUUUCACGAAGGCAACAGAAGCUGAAAUAUCAGCUAUCUGUUUCUUUAUCCAUGGAUACCAAUUGUUUGGUUUAAGAGGUUUAGAAGCAAAUCAUAGCUUUAAUCUCUGCCAUCUUUGCAAAACAGUUAACAUUUUUUGGACUGCUACUAAAAGAUGUUUAUAGUAAGCAUUGCAUUAAACUUACUGCACGAUACUAACUUCCUGGGAGGCAUAAACUUAACAUGUUUGGCACCUCCUAAAAUAUUUAUUCAACUAGGUCUUUGCUGGUCAUUGAGCCCAAGCCUUUGAGAAUUGUCUGGCUACUGUGGUUCUUGCUGUUUUUACUGUAUAUAUUAGAUUUUAAUUGACUAUUUUUAUUGUAUUGGUAUUUACGGUCUGUAUCCAAUGCUGCAGCUCCAGUUGUGCAACAGACUGCUCUGUAACAGAACUUCCUCUCCUGUACCUUCCAUCCCCACCCCACAAUCAGAACCAGCUCCAGAGGGUUGGGGGGCCCUUUGGAGCAGAUUUGGGGUUACACAGAGGGAACAGAGGGAAUAGAAGUCACAUGGUGCAAGAAGAACUUCACUCACACAGCAUUUGAUGCAACUCAUGUGUUUUAAACUGCCCUAAAGGGUGGUGGUAUGAAGGACAGUAUUAAAAAGUGUUAAAUAACUUACUUUCCUUACCACUAUCAUGCUGCAUCUUUAACUUCACAGGUACUGGCUGCUACAUUUGACCCAUUUUUGGGUGGUAGAAACUUUGAUGAGGCUUUGGUAGAUUACUUCUGCGAAGAGUUCAGAUCAAAGUAUAAACUAAACGUGAAGGACAAUCCUCGAGCACUGCUGCGUCUGUAUCAGGAAUGUGAAAAACUGAAGAAGCUUAUGAGUGCCAAUGCCUCUGAUCUUCCCAUGAACAUAGAAUGCUUCAUGAAUGACAUUGAUGUCUCUAGUAAGAUGAACAGGUAUUGUGUUCAGUUUUGUAUAAGGCUUAAAUAAAAAAGUAGUCAUUUCUGUCCAUAAUCCUAAAUGGAUUCCUCCCUUUUAAACAGGGCUCAGUUUGAACAGUUGUGUGCAUCGCUUCUGGCCAGAGUAGAACCUCCUUUGAGAGCAGUGAUGGAACAAGCAAGUAAGUGAAAAUUGCUUCAGCUUAUUAUGAAUACCUGUCUUCUUCUUGUCUUCAAGCUAAAGUUCUUGUUUGUCAGUCUGACCAGUAUUUAUUAUUACAUUAUUUAUUUUUAAAAUUUAUAUACCACUAGAGUGUUCCUGGCAUUGGGCAAUCAGGACAGAUUAGGGAUUCUGCUGGGUUACUGCCCACCUUGCUGCCCAGCAGUCUCCCUGCCUGAGCUGACAGCUGGUUUCAGAGGUGAUGUUGAAGACCCCCAGAUUUCUGGUUUUGGGGGACUUCAACAUCCAUGCCAAUCUGACUGACUGGGGUGGCUCAGGACUUCAUGGCUGCCAUGACGACAAUGGGGCUGUCCCAACAUGUCAUUGGCCCAACACGUGUGAGGUGAUGGGAGAGUUAGGGGCAAACAUUGUGGGACAAGGUUUGUCAAAGGGAUGGGAGGUUGAAGGGGUUUGGAUUAGAUGUAAAGGGAGGGGGUGGCAGUGUGGGGUAGGUAGGCUGGGUUGGCGAGCAAUGUGAGCAGCAGUGGCAAUCCCUAAUAAAGAAAUAGUUGCUGCAGUCAUGUAUACAGUCAUGGUGUGGAGUCCAGUUUUAACAGCAAAAGGGACACAUCGUUCCUCUCCCUAAGUACUUUUCCCCCAGGCACAGAGUUCCAGUAUAAAAACUGCAGUAUCUUCUCCUCUAACUAUGGAAGCAAAUUGUCUGCUUAUGUGUCUACUAGAACUGCAGCGUGAAGAUAUUUACAGUAUAGAAAUAGUAGGUGGAGCAACUCGAAUUCCAGCAGUGAAGGAGCAGAUUAGUAAAUUUUUCUGCAAGGAGAUAAGUACCACACUUAAUGCUGAUGAAGCUGUUGCAAGAGGCUGUGCGUUGCAGGUAUGUUUACUUAAUAAUAUUUCAUUAGUCAGCAAUAUUACUUAAUAUUUCUGGGAUUGGUAAUUUGACCUCAAUGAGACAUGCUAUAAUUAUAGUGGGAUUUGGACCAGGCCAUCAUAGUGAAAAUUGCAAGGCACUGGUAUAAUGCCAUAUUUUAAUUGUUCACACUAUUUUUUUGUAGUAAUUUCCAUUUUGAGUAUAUUUUUUAUUGGGGAAGAGAGUUGCCAUUCUUUCUCUUCUUGUUCUUUGCAUAUCCUUUUUGUGCUGGUGGCUAGUGUAACAGGUCUUCAUGAAAAUCAUUACUUUGUGAAAUUAAAUGUAUGUUGCUGGUCAUAAAGCCAGACACAAAGCAAAUAUGUAAUAAUCACAAGACUUAGUGAUAUUUUAUCUUUUUUCCUAGUGUGCAAUUCUUUCUCCAGCAUUUAAAGUCCGCGAGUUUUCCAUCACAGAUGUUGUUCCGUACUCAAUUACUCUGAGGUGGCAGUCAUCUUAUGAGGAGGGGGCAGGGUAAGAAUUUGAGCAACGUUCCAAAUCGAUAGUGUGUCAAAGGGUCAGUAAAUAGAUGAGUUAGAUUUGCUAUUUGUAAUACAGGGAAAUUUCUAAAAAUGUGCAUUGGAUGUAAGCAAAGCAGAGAUACACAAUCACUUUGACAUAGACAUUCCCAUGAAGAGCUUUUCUUUCUUCCUGUUUUGCUUGAUAACAUGGUCUUGUGUCCUUUCAUAGUAAGCUAGAUAGUUAACACAUGCUGGAAAACAUUUGUGUGACCUAUGCUAUACAGAUAACUAGGGAUCUUUUUAACCUCCAGCUCUCUAGGGAAGGAAACUAGGACAGGAGCACAUCAUACAGAUUCAUUUGCGAUGUUCACCUUGGCAAGCAUUCCUCUCUCUUGUAGUGUGAGCACCUCUGAAACUCAUGAUGACAUAAAGAGCCAUCCCCUAGCUUUAUUCUUAUGAGAUGUAUUCAUAGUGGGGAAGAGGAGCACGGGGAAAUGCAGCCAUGCUGGGCAUCAGAGGUACUUGGAGCACCCCUGAAGCUUAACAUCACUGGGAAGAGAGCACCCCAAGCUCUUUUCUUCUUGAUUCCAAACUCAGGAGGAGAAUUGGGACUUGUCCUUAACCUUGUGCUGGACUUUGGAGUUGUACCACAAGCAUCUCCAAAUCUCAGUAUGAUAUCUGAGAUGAGAUCCUGCACCUCUUAGGUAAAGUUAGUAGUGACAACAAAUUUUGAGCAGCUACCAAGGACUUUCUUAUAACAUCUGCUCCUCUUUCUUUCCACAAACUCUCUUAAUAUACAGGAGAACUGGGAAAAGGAUAUAGUUGAAUUAUAGAGUCAACAUAUGCAAAUAAAAAAGUUUGAGUUUGAGUCAACACAUGCAAAUAAAAAUGCCUGCAAAUAAAAAUGCCUGCACCUCCGAAACUCAUGAAUGAAACUCUGAAAUGUCUGAUAUUUCAUUGUUGUUGUAACUUAUAUGGUGUACAAACUUUCGUAUGGUGUAUAAAGAUUAUUUUAUUUUUUGUAGUGAAUGUGAAGUGUUCUGCAAAAACCACGCUGCUCCAUUCUCAAAAGUUAUUACUUUCCACAAGAAGGAGCCUUUUGAGCUGGAAGCAUUUUACACCCAUCCACAUGACAUUCCUUAUCCUGAUACAAGAAUAGGUAACUUGUUUCUUUACUUCUUGAGCAUGGCAUUACAGUAUGUUCUAACUUUGAAAAAGAACCAUUGCUUCAAAUACUCAAAUACUAGUGUAACAAAAUUAAGAAAUGGUUAGUCUCAGAAUCAGUCUUUGAAUCCGCUCAUGUACAGUGCUUUCAUUUACACUUUGUCCUUAAAUAUAUUUAAUGUUUAGCUUUUCUGCUUCAAUUACUUAAGACUGUAUUUCUCUCCCUUUGAAUCCAGACCUCUGUAUUUAAAGAACUACGUAACAAUCCUCAUUCCCAGGGGAGCUUUUGAUUUCGGUUUUUUUAACAGUCUCUUGCCUGUAGUGUUUUUUGAACAGUGUCUUGCCAGGCUUGCAUUGCAAGUCUCUUGGAGAAAUUUUCAAAACCAGUUUGAUACGGCAAGAAGUACCUGCCAUUUAAAAGUUAAAAGUAAAAGAUUCCAUGGGUUGGCUCUGAGUGAACCCAAAGUUGCUCUUGGAUUCCAAGCUCAGUAGUGUUUCAACAGAUAAUUUAAACAAUGUGUACUGCAAAAUUCUAGCAAUACUUAGCUGAGGAAUGAUAGCUGCGAGUUUACAGUGGGCAGAGGGAAAUAACAUGAAUAUAGUAGUUGUCAAAAGGGACGCUGGUGGCGCUGUGGUCUAAACCACUGAGCCUCUUGGGCUUGCUGAUCAGAAGGUUGGCGGAUCAAAUCCCCGUGACGGGGUGAGCUCCCGUUGCUCAGUCCCAGCUCCUGCCAACCUAGCAGUUCGAAAGCACACCAAACAGUGCAAGUAGAUAAAUAGGUACCGCUCUGGCGGGAAGGUAAAUGGUGUUUCCGUGCGCUGCUCUGGUUUCGGUGUUCCGUUGCUCCAGAAGCGGCUUAGUCAUGCUGGCCACAUGACCUGGAAAAACUGUCUGCGGACAAACACCGGCUCUCUUGGCCAGUAAAGUGAGAUGAGCGCCACAACCCCAAAGUCGUCUGCGACUGGACUUAACUGUCAGGGGUCCUUUACCUUUUUUUAAUAGUUGUCAAAGCAGAGGCACAACACUGUCAUUUGAAAGGCAGAAGCCACUUAAAAUGCAGUUUGGCCUCCAUUGACUGCUUCCAUUCAGUAUUAAUAUGUUCUGGCUUGGCUGUGUAAUGCAGUGGAGUGGCACAUCCUUAAGGCCAUCAAGCCAUGCAGCUGUUUCCCUCCUUUCUUCUAAUUUUGCUGGUAGAGGUUAUAAUUUGCUUCUGGGCCAUUUUGACUUCUCCCUGUAUCUGUAAGUGUUCUGCUUCUCUGGCAUAUCUUCCUUGGUGUAUUUCCUUUUUCCUAGCAAUCGUUGAGUAUUCCAGUCUGGGAUGAAGCUACAAUUGGGAGCUGAAACAGCUUUUCUUACCUACAUGGGCUCAUUGCUUUUAGAUUAAACAAUCAUAGUGGUACCUUGAUAUUAUUUUAAAUUAAAGCUUUUCUUUUCUACAGUGUAGUUGCAUAAGUUCAGAAGGUCAGUUCCUGUCAGGAGUAUGUGAUGACUGACUCAUCUGUCUCAGGGCGCAAUAACAGACAGUACUUCGUGGUCUUUUUGUAUGCCUAGGCAGAUCAACAUUUGAGCUCUUAGGAGCUUACCAGGAAGGCAGGGACUUAUGCACCUCUGUGCAUGUGCCCUGAAGGCUAGGACAGGCCUCUGCAUAGCUCAGGAAGUUUCCAAAUGUUGAUCUGUGCAGAAACAGAACCAGUACAUACAGAGCCAGAACCCAUUUCAAGAGCAAAAGUCCUUUAGCUUGAGUCAAAUGUCACUCAAUGUGUUUAUAAUCCCACAGUAAUUUAAUUAGAUUGUGAGCACUGGCAAAAUAGAUCUUCUGGUUCAAGUUUGUAGAAUAUUGAAAUGUUAAAUAGCGCACAUCACAUUACAAUGCACAUUGCUGGUGAGUCUACUCUGUCUACUGUGCCAUCUUCUUUUCAGCUGUAGAUUUGUUUCAAGAGUUUAUCUUGUCCUUGUUGGGGACAGAAGCAAUAUAGGUGCCUCUGAUCAGAGGCAGCCUUCAUAAAGCAUCUUUAUGAACAAGUUGUAAUCUAGGAGUUGCUACUUGCUAACAUUAACUUUUUUAAAAUGUGUAAAUAAAUGUAAGUAAUCAUGAGGGCUUAGCACAAAAAAACAAGUCUACAAGCCAAUGUCCAAUGUCUGCUUUGUAUUGUUCAGGUCAUUUUGUUAUUCAGAACGUUGGACCCCAACAUGAUGGUGACAAUUCAAAAGUGAAAGUGAAAGUUCGAGUUAAUGUCCAUGGAAUCUUCAGUGUGGCUAAUGCAUCUGUGAUAGAGAAGCAACAUGCAGAAGGUGAUCCAAGCGAUAUUGCUAUGGACACAGAAUUGCCUUGCAAGAAUCCAAGCAAAGAGGAGCUGGUAUGUUAAACUAUGAAAUCCUCUCACAACUACAAGUAGAACAUAAUUUUUACUAAAACUUUAUUUUUUAAUGAUGUACUGAAAAAUCUACUUGCUUAAGUAUCCCCUUAGCUUUUAGUAAUAUUUAAAAGUUAUGUAAGUUCCUGUCCCCUUGAAGUUUUCUUUGUCCACCAUUAACUCCGUUUCCGACUUCUCCUGAUCCUUUUCUGGUAUCCAUACUUGCUCAUAAAGCUGCAGUUUGUAAUUGUCAUUGUAGGCAGUUCACCUGCACUAAUACAAGUUGCUUUCAGUAGCUCUAUUUUUUAUUUUCCUUUUACCAAAAUACAUGAUUCCUCUAAUAAAGCAGGAGUGAAAACACACACACACACACACACACACACACACACACACACACACAAACACACAUAUGCAUAUAUAAACUCGAUAACCCAGCUGUGCACACUAAUACUCACUUUGGAUUAAACUUCAGUUUCCGCAAAUAGAUUCCCAUUUACAAAUUUUUGCAGUGCCUCCUUGGCUUGCAAUGUUUAAAAUUUCAUUCUGGAAGUUUUUAAACAUUUUACUAAAACAAAUUCUUACUGAAGGUGAGCAGUCGAUGCUUGUGUUUGUCUGUCUUUGAGGCAUACAAGUAACCUGAAUAUCUGCUAAACCUGGUUUUUAAAUUUUUAAAUGUCCUGAAUACUAAGUAGAAAAAUGCUUUUCUCAAUAAAAAGUAACCAUUUUUAAUGUCUAAGUCUUGUUUUCUGUGGUGUACGAACUAAUUAUCUUCUGUUUCUACUAUGAUGCAUAUCAGCAAUUAGCUUUCAUAAUUGAGGAUGACUUCCUUGACUCUGAGGAUGAGGUUUGUUUAUAUACGUAGCAUUCAGUUUGCUUUAAGAUAGGAAAGAUACUUUCCCCUCAGUUUGUUCCUUUUCUGAGAAAAGUGGGACAUAAAUGAAAGAAAUCUUUUCAGAAAAGGAAGUUCUUAAGUACUUGGCAAUAGCUAUGCAUUUCGGAAUUAAAAUACUACCAGUCUUGGUUUUAAUAUUGUGAUAUUUACAUCUUAAUAUUCUAUAAGAUAAUUCAAUAUCUUUAGCAAAAAUUACUUCUCAUCUAGUGGUUGGUUAACUGCUUCAAAACUAAUUAUUAAAUGAAGCAUGCUAUUGGUGCCAGUGUAGACACUCAAAACUAGUAAACGGUAUAAAAAUACUUGCCUAAAUUUCUUAUUUACUGAAAUCUCAUAUACAGGAUGAAUGCUCUGCUAUCCCUGAGUUCUUAUGCUUCUGUAUCCCUCUGUGACUCCUUGUUGUAUUAGUUUGCUAGGUUUGGGGCCUAUACCGUAGGUUCUUUCCACCAUCUGUUUCUUGCUGUACUCCUACUUACCACUAUAGCUGAGUUUAAAUCUUCCAAUUUUUCUACUCAGCUUUUUAUUUUUGUAAGCUAGAGGAAGUCCCUAGUUGCAAUGCUGUUUUUUUCUAUAUUAUAUUUUUGGGCUUCUUUGAUAUAUUGUGACAGUUUAUGUCAAAAAAAUCAGAUUACUUCUAAACUGUCACUAAUGUUGUAUUUAUAAGAUAGAUAGGCAUUUGGCAGAGCAGUUUAAACCUCUUUACACUGGCCUUGGAGAGGAGAAAGAAGUUGGAUUGGGUGAAGGUGCCAAAUGGCCAGGCAGAAACCAGCAGAAAGCCCUGAAAUGGGAGGGGACUGAGUUGGCCUAGGAUUCGUUGGUUUCCAGGCUGGUUCCACUCCUGUCAUGUGGCUGCAUCAGGCUCAAUCCAGACCAGAUUGCCUCAUCAUCUCAAGAUUUAUACAGAGAUCCACCUGUCCCCUUCUUCUGUCACAUCCAGCAAUGCGGAUGCAGUGGUGGCCCUGCUAGUUAGUGUGUUAAACCCCACUGAGCAACGACCAGAAUCUAAUAGAAUAUGAAAGGAUUCAGGACCCAUAGUUCUGAAAAGUUUUGUCUUCAUUUGGGGUUAAUCAACUCCAUCCUCUUGUCGUCUUUCAUUUGUUUUCCAGUAUUGUGGGAGUAAUCUAAUUGCCACCAUUUAGAAUUUCAUGAUCUAGAAUAUGUUUUCCUUGCCUUUAUCAUGUUGAAGGAAACAAGGCUUGAGAAGCCUUAAACAUUAUGCUAAGAGUAACAGUUAUGUGCUUCAAGUAAACAAGCACUAGUUAAGUAAAGUGCUUUUUUUACUGAUACAUCUUGUCUGAUUGCACAAAGCUGCUAUGUAGAUGACUAGAGUACACCUUCCUGUAAAGUUUAGUGUGGAGGUAAAACUUUUCUUUUUUAUAGGCUAAAAUGCAGGUUGAUCAAGAUGAUGGCAAUCACAAGAACCAACAUGAGCAGCAUAAUCAAGGCGAUGAGGAAGUUGAUCAUAUAAGCUGUGAAGGAAAGGUCAGUAUGAAAUAGCAAAGAUAAGUUUGAGGACCUCAAAUCUUAGAAUAGGAAUGGCUCUUGUCCAAAACUGCUAAGAAGUUGAUGGGGAAAUACCCUUGUACUAUUGUGUGAUCAGUCCGCAAUAACUUACUUAAAUAUAGCCAUGAGUUUUGCUAUCUAGGCAUUAAACACUCAUUCAUGCGCUAAUGGGCUUCAAGUGCAUCCUGUGACACAGAGAAUUAAGAUAGCCUUACACACCCUCAAUAGAAACUGAUGCAGUAGCUCUUCUUUGGUUGUUAAUCUAAAGCGCUUCUAAGAGGAUUUUCUAUUUAAGCAUUGCUUGAACUAGCUUCCUUGCUUGACUUAAGUGUCAUCCAAAAAAUCCUGCAGCAUCUGCAGAUGCUAAACAGUAAUAUUAUCCUUCUGUGGAUCUUUCAUCUUAAAAUUGUAUUUCGUCAAAUUUUUAUAUGACACAUUUUUGUACACUGGGUUCAAAUAUUCUGAAUGUUGACAUAUAUUUCAAUGUGUAAUUCUGCAGACUGCUUCAGGAGACAAGAUUGACACAGCUCAGUCUGGCAAAACUAAAGCAAAGAUCAAGAGUAUUGAUCUACCUAUCCAGGUUAACCUAUACAGACAGGUGGGACAGGACGUUAUUAACUGCUACAUUGAAAAUGAGGUAAGGAUACAGAGUUAUUCCAUGUCUGUACAGCAGAUGUCUCAAUUCUAGAUUAAAUAAAAUAAUUAGAAGAAACUGAGUUAUAAUAGUAAAUCUAUUACAGUUAAGUGAUGGAAUAUUGUUUUGUUUUGUUUUAUUCAUAAGUUUACCAAGUUUAGAGUACAUGACACUGUGGUUGGUUCAGUUCAACAGAUUCCAGAGUCUGAAGAGGUUUGUUGUGGAAGAUUCCCAAAAACAUAUUUGAAAAAAAAUAACAUCUCUGUACUUGUCAAGAUUUAAAAUGACUUAAAAUUUUCUUACAGGGGAAGAUGGUAAUGCAAGACAAGCUGGAGAAGGAAAAAAAUGAUGCCAAAAAUGCUGUUGAAGAGUAUGUGUAUGAUCUAAGAGACAAGCUCUGUGGUGUCUAUGAAAAAUUCAUCACUGAAGAUGUAAGAAUCAUUGUGUAUUUAUAACAUGAGGAAUCUGUUUAAUUGGCAAAUCAUACUGAAAGAAAAGGAGGGUAGCUGAUGUCGGAAAAGUGCAGUGUGCCUUAAAUCACAGCUGCACUAUAGCAUUGAAUUCACCCUACUGUAUUUUCAUUAAACAGCACAUAUAACAAAAUGAAAAGUUUUUGAAGGCAUAAGUCUUUGUCACAUUGGAGAGUUCUGGCGAUUAGUCUGGCAUAGGUCUUGCAGAGCUCUUGAAGAUCUUUGCCAUCACCUCUUUAAAUAAUAAUAAUAAUAAUAAUAAUAAUAAUAAUUUAUUAUUUGUACCCCGCCCAUCUGGCUGGGUUUCCCCAGCCACUCUGGGCGGCUUCCAACAAAGAUGAAAAAUACACUAAAAUGUCACAUAUUAAAAACUUCCCUGAACAGGGCUGCCUUCAGAUGUCUUCUGAAUGUCAGGUAGUUGUUUAUCGCUUUGACAUCUGAUGGGAGGGUGUUCCACAGGGUGGGCGCCACUACCGAGAAGGCCCUCUGCCUGGUUCCCUGUAACUUGGCCUCUCGCAGUGAGGGAACCGCCAGAAGGCCCUCGGAGCUGGACCUCAGUGUCCGGGCAGAAUGAUGGGGGUGGAGACGCUCCUUCAGAUAUACUGGACCGAGGCCGUUUAGGGCUUUAAAGGUCAGCACCAACACUUUGAAUUGUGCUCGGAAACGUACUGGGAGCCAAUGUAGGUCUUUCAAGACCGGUGUUAUAUGGUCUCGGCGGCCGCUCCCAGUCACCAGUCUAGCUGCUGCAUUCUGGAUUAGUUGUAGUUUCCGGGUCACCUUCAAAGGUAGCCCCACGUAGAGCGCAUUGCAGUAGUCCAAGCGGGAGAUAACCAGAGCAUGCACCACUCUGGCGAGACAGUCUGCAGGCAGAUAGGGUCUCAGCCUACGUACCAGAUGGAGCUGGUAAACAGCUGCCCUGGAUACAGAUUUGACCUGUGCCUCCAUGGACAGCUGUGAGUCCAAAAUGACUCCCAGGCUGCGCACCUGGUCCUUCAGGGGCACAGUUACCCCAUUCAGGACCAGGGAAUCCUCCACACCUGCCCGCCUCCUGUCCCCCAAAAACAGUACUUCUGUCUUGUCAGGAUUCAACCUCAAUCUGUUAGCCGCCAUCCAUCCUCCAACCGCCUCCAGACACUCACACAGGACCUUCACCGCCUUCACUGGUUCUGAUUUAAAAGAGAGGUAGAGCUGGGUAUCAUCCGCAUACUGAUGAACACCCAGCCCAAACCUCCUGAUGAUCUCUCCUAGUGGCUGCAUGUAAAUGUUGAAAAGCAUGGGGAAGAGGACAGAACCCUGAGGCACCCCACAAGUGAGAGCCCAGGGGUCUGAACACUCAUCCCCCACCACCACUUUCUGAACACGGCCCAGGAGGAAAGAGCGGAACCACUGUAUGACAGUGCCCCCAGCUCCCAGCCCCUCAAGACGGUCCAGAAGGAUGUUAUGGUCGAUGGUAUCAAACGCCGCUGAGAGAUCCAGCAGAACUAGGAAACAGCUCUCACCUUUGUCCCUAGCCCGCCGGAGAUCAUCAACCAGUGCGACCAAGGCAGUUUCAGUCCCAUGAUGAGGCCUGAAUCCCGACUGGAAGGGAUCCAAAUGGUCCCUAAAUCAGCAUUUUACUUGCAUUUUUGAAGUUCUAAUACAGGAUUGUAAUGUUUAAACUGGUCCCAUGAGUUAAUUCUUAAAAUUGAUUUUGGAGUUAUGUUAUAUUAGAAUAUUAAAAAUUCCCACUGUUACAAGACUUUAUGUUUUGAGAAAUCCAUUUUGCAUAAAAGUAGUAACAUAAUGAAUAUACACAAUGCUAAUCAAACAGGGCAACUUGAAUGAAUAAAAUAGCAGGCAAAUGAAAUUUGUAAUUUUAACAGGAACCGUACCCAGAUUCCUAUGCAUGCUGAAGCAUGUAUGUUUAUUGUUUUAACUGCUUUCAGUUUUUUCUUAUAUUCUAAUCUAAGUAAUGUAAGGGAAGUUCCUAUUAUCACAUCAUGUCAUAAAAUAUAUACAAACAUUAAUAUAUACAAAUAUUCUAAUAAUCAUUUCCAGGUAAAACAUUGAAUUUGAAUAUAACAUUUAAGUCAUACGAAGUAUGCUUUAGGAAGAAACGUCAAUCAAAUAUUUCAGAUCAAAUACUUAGUGGACUAUUGGAGAAUAACUUUCAAUAUUUGUACAGCAUAUUCUAAAGUUAACAUGGCAUACUUUAGAGUAGCAGAAACUGAUUUUUUAGUUGACUACAGUAAUUAGUUAAAAGAAAGAUAAUUUGAUGUAUUGAUUCAGUGUAAAUACAUUUGCAUAUUACCUAAAACAUAAAUGUUCCUUUUUGAAAUAUGAGGGAAAGUGUGAAGUAAUAAAGAAUCAAUAAACGUAUCUUUCAUUUUUAGAGAAAAGCCACAUGUCAUUUUCGCUUCCAGUUCUUUUAUAAUAACAUACAAGCUCAAAAUAUAUAGGUGUGCUUUUAACUUUCAAUCCUAUCAAUUUAAAAUCGUUUCUGAGCUAUAUGCAUUUCAGCUACAGCUUCAGAAUUUCAUCCCCCCCAUUUUGUUGACUUUCCUGCAUUUCCUAUUGCUACAUUUGUCACAAAUCACUUGAUGAAUAUAUAUUGGAAUGGCGAAAAAUAAAUUAGUGUGGCUUUCUGCAUGACUAUAGAUUUAAAUGUACUACAUUUUAACUACAGCAACACUAAAAUAAAUUAGCAGGGUAUUUCAGAGAGAAGCUUAAAUGGAAUUAUAGCCUUCAUGCAUUGCUUGACUAAUUAACCAUUAGACUUAAUUUACUUAGCUUUACCUUGUCCUGUCAUUCAGGCUGUGGCUGAGUCACACAGAUUGUUAAAUGUUUAUGCAGAAAUUAUGAGGGGUAAAGCAAGGACACGAUACCCUUGGAAUAAUUGUAACAAAACUCAAUUUCUACUAGCGGUUUCUAUACCUUAGCAUAAUGCAUGGGACCCAGUUAGCAUUCCAGUUUAGUUUUUAAUACCAUUAUAGGUGAAGCGCUGAAACUGUUUCCCCCUUUUCUGUAAAAUUCUGUAAAACUCAAUUUCCUAUAACACAUUAUUGUUACAGUGUCAGUAUUGGAUAUCAGUAUUUGUAGCUGAAUGCAUUCUUACACAGACAGCUUCUGUUUUCACUCAUUCAAAAUGGCAAGGCUUUUUGUACUGCUUUUUCUAGGAUUCAAGAAAGAUAACUUUAAUGUUGGAGGACACAGAAAACUGGCUUUAUGAAGAUGGAGAAGACCAACCAAAACAUGUAUAUGUGGAAAAACUUCAGGAAAUGAAAGUAAGACCUGUAUUUUAAGAAGUGUAAUAAUUGAAUGUCGUAGAUAUGUGGACUAGUAGCUUUGCUGUCUUAAAGCCACUGAAAUUUGACCAGAGACAGCAAGAGAUUCAAGAUGUCACAAGAACAUUAAUUAAAGUUGAUUAAAUGGAGUAGUUGCAAGUACUAUAGCUUCAUACGGACUUUGAGUACUGAUAUCAGCAUUUUCUUUUGCAUACCUCCCAGUAAAAAAACUAAGCCUUCAACCUGUACACUUGUAGAAAAAUAUAUUACACCUUCAUGCCAACCCAAUUACCUUAUGGUGACUGACUAUAAAAUUAAAAUUAAUUAAAAAAACAAUCAGGUAGUUAGUCCUUCAUGGGUUGAGGCUUACACCCAGCCUGUUUUUUGUUGUGACUCCUGGUAGAAGAUGCAAGAAGAACCAGGGGACCAGAGGCACAAAGGUAUUUGCAAGUCUCCCUACCAGCCCCCAAAAAACCUUGGCUAGAGAUCAUGAUUUGCUUGGACUGAAACAAGCCUUGAUUCCCAGUGUGGACAUAAUGCUAAACCAGUGGUUGUUUCUCCUGCACCAGGAAAGGAGCAGAGUGGCUCUGAUAAGGAGGCUUAUGGUUUACCAUGACAUUGAAACUGAGUUUUCAUUUGCUCCUAAAAUAAUAGCCUUCCAAAAUAAAAUUAUCUUCAAGGACCAGUGAAAAACAUUGAGAGAGGGGACCAGCUGCACUUUACAAUGCAAGAUGUUCCAUAAUCUCAGUGCAGCAAGAGAAAAUGCCCCCUUUCAAGUUCUGUCCAGCUAUGCCUUCACCUAGGCAGGACUUGUAUUACUCCCUCACUGAGCAAGACUUUCUCAUCUGUGGUGCUGAUAAUGUGUGUCACAGCAACUUGCUGAUGAUUAAUUUCAUUUUCCCUGCAUUUGUCUCAUACACUUCCAAACCAAGGUUGGUAAGAUGAAAUUAUAGUUGGGGAUAUACUAGCUCUGGAUUUCUUGUAUCGAGCAUUAGCUGGAAUUUGAUGGUCUCUAACUUCAUGAAUUGGUUCCAGACCUGCUGUUCUAGGAACAGAAAGCCGCCUCUUGUUCACAGAAGUGAGUCUGAUCCAGCAGAGGCUCCCACUCUACUAGGCACUCCUGCAAGCAGUAGGGAGGGGUUUGCACCUCCUGUGCUGUUUGAGAGGGCCUUGAACUCUGAAGCAGAUUGUGGAGGGAAAUAGCAUAUCCCCUUCUACCCACAAGAGCAGUCAGGUUGUAGAGCUUGGCUCUGCAACUCUGGAUUCAACCCUUUGAUUCUAAAUACAGUAGAGGCUUGCUAAUGCUGGUAUGUGAGCCACUUUUCUGUUUCCCCAGCAAAGUAACUAGUUCAUUUGCUUCCCCAGAUUGCCAUUAUUUUUUCCUGUAGGUUUACAAGGAAUUCUGCUUAAUAGUUCCAAAAAUAUGCUACCUUUAUUCAUGCUUUCUCCAGUUUUUAGGGAAUACUUUUUAAAUACCUCAACUUCUGCUUCUUCUGUUGUAGAAAUUUGGCGGUCCUAUUCAUGAUAGAUACAUGGAACAUGAAGAGAGGCCUAAAGCAUUAAAUGAUUUGGGAAAGAAACUCCAGCUGCUUAUGAAAGCUGUAGAAGGAUACAAAAAUAAGGUAGGUCCAUAAGAUUUACAGGAUAGUUUUAAUAGCACUGUAUUGAACUUCUGUAUAACUUACCUAAUCUACAAAUUAUUUGUCAACAAAAUAUUUUGAACAGAAACAAAUAUGUCUUCUUUUUCAUCUUGUAGUGUCUUGAUUUUUUUUCUUUCAUAUCCUUAACAUACUAUAUUCACAAUUAAACAUCUCUUCUGUGGUAUGUAACAAUUGAUAAUAUAUUUUAUGUCUAAGCUUUGUUUGUCCAUCAGUAAAUAAGAUGGAGUGACUUUUCACAAAUUGCAUUUCCAAACCUAGAGUUCCUUUUAAUAUAUAAUUACUCAAGUUUGCAAAAUUGUUCUGUUUGGAAAAGACCGUAGCAUAGAGAAGAGAUGCAGAACUCCUGGCUCAUAGAUUGGAUGUGGCCCAUGAAUAUGGUAUUCUGAUUUUUCUGAUUUGCUUGCUGAUUGCAAAUCAUGAUUUAUCAGUUCACACAUCAUACGUAACCAUAGUUAUGCUUCCUUAAUAAUAGUCUGGAAUGACUUCAGAAAUGAGCGUAUGUAUUCAUUACCUUUCUGAAUUCUGAAUUUAAAUAACUUAUCAAUAAUAACAAUUUUUUUCCUCCUCUAGGAUGAAAAAUAUGAUCACAUUGAUCCUGUUGAUAUGGAAAAAGUUGAAAAGUAUACCAGUGAAGCAAUGAAUUGGUUGAACUCAAAAAUGAAUGCACAAAACAGGCUGAGUCUCACCCAGGAUCCUGUUGUGAAAGUGGCAGAAAUAACAGCGAAAUCUAAGGUAAAUGUGAAAUUUCUGUGCAUGAAAUGGGAUUAAUAUAAAUAUGGAUAGACCAAGAAAUAAAUGAAUAUUCCAAAUAAUAGAAGGGGAUAACAAACAUUUCUGUUAAAGUUAAUAAAAAGGAUAUCAGUAGUACAGUUACUCUUUAGCAUCCGUACACGGUGAACUCCAUCUACCAUAACUGAUAAUGUGACCCAUCUGUAGACACAGGGCUUUGAAUCACAGUGUCUCAGUAUGGUGACACCAAAAAUCAGCUAAAGCUCUGAUUGAUGCAGAAAGAUUUGGCCUGGAUCUUAAAGUUUCACUCCAUCAAUGGAAGGAGCAUCUGUUGUUUUUCUUACACUAAAUGUGCAUAAAGGGUAUAUAGGUGUUUUUGUGUAUGUCUGUGCACAUGCCUGCAUAUAUUGCAGGUAAAACCAUAUAUCUGUUUUGAAAACCCUGUGUUCUGAUAUUUGGCAACAAUUUAGAUUGAUUGAAAAUGUGCAAAGCAGUAAACAGAUUUUGACUAGCAAUGGAUAAUUUCUGUCUCUAGAUAAGCAAGAAGCAAUUUCCUAUGUGUGCCAUUUAGCAUACUUUGCAGAAAGCUUGAUGAUUCAACAGUUGGAGCAGAUAAUAAUUUAGCUAACAAGAUUUGUAGCAGUUUCCAAUAUCUGAAGGCUCUUCAAGCUGAUUUGUAAACAGUUGCUUAAUACCAGAAUCUUUCAGUCACGGGCAGCUCUUUAGUGAAAUAAUUACCCGCAGGUAUACCUCCCAAAUACCACAUCAAAAUCCAUUACAUUCGUAUUUUUUGCCAACUUACCAUAUUUUUCCCCUCUUCAUCUUAAUAACAGGAACUGGACAGUUUAUGUAACCCUAUUAUUUACAAGCCUAAGCCCAAGGCAGAGCCACUGUCUGAAGAUCAGUCAAAAUCUAGUGAACACAAUGGACCAAUGAAUGGACAGAGUGGUGCUGACACAAAAUCAGAGGACAGUUGCCAGCAGCCUAAAUCAUCUGAAGAAAUGGAUGUGGACUAAGUUUUGCAUUUCUUUCAGUCCAUUAAAAACAGUGCAAGUAAUCAGAGGGUCCAUCUUUCUUUUAUGUCUGAUUCACACUACAGAUGUUCAGUUAGUCAACUUUCUGUCCUUUGUUCUUUGCAGUAGGUUUGAAAGUGUUUUUCUAUUUGAGUGCAUUCCCAUUGUUCAUUCCAUGAUACCGCUUAUGUGGAGCGUUAGUUGAAUGUAGAUUGUAAAAGUCAGUUUAAGCUUUCCCGAUAUAUUUUAUAUCAAAUAGGCAGAAUUGCUAUAUAAAUGACAACAAUCUACCUUAUUUAAAGCUUUUAUUGUGGGUAAGCCUCUGCUCCUUUAUUCAGGAAAGGCCACUGUAUUGCACUACUGAUGCUGAAGUCUAGAUCUCUGCAUCUUUAUUUUGGAAGAUAUUGGAUUUGAUGUGGCUUAAAUAUUGCCACUUGAAGCACUGACCUUUUUCUAGUUGUUGUACUGUUCUAAUUUAAAUAUUAAAAUAGAGGUUAGCUGGCAAAUUAGUUAAUCUUGUUGAUGUACCAUGAAAACUGUAAGAACCUUGUAGACAAAACAUCCAAGGCUUGAAAGGAGCUCAUACCAGCAGCAUUCUUUGUCAUAAGCCUUAGCAACAUGACUCAAAAUAAAGCUCAUGGUCUCCGUGUACACACAGUCCUAUAUAUCAUAUUCUGUGUUGAUGCUGAGGACACUGUUUAAAGUUGUAAUAGUAUGAAACGUUAGUGAAAGUUUGAAGGCCAUAACUGGGGACUCACUCAUGUUUUCAUUUCUCUUAAUUACCUCCAGACUUGCUAAUUUAGCUUAAUUUUGAAUGCUGCCUAUGCAUGUUCUUUAAAUAUGUCCUCCUCAGAAUUAAAAGUGGAAAAUACACACACAUUAACUGGUAAUUGAUCUCUGUCAGUGUUCCUUACUGAAAUACUUCUACCAUUUCUCUUGGCCAAAUUAUCUUCUAUUUUUGUUUCUGUGUUUAGAAAAGGAACACAACAAAAGUCACAAAAUCUGUCAGCAAUGGUCCCAAGCAUCCUUUGGCAUCCAUAAAAAACUCAGCCCAAAGAUACAUUCAUGCAACUAAUGUUCCAAAUUUGCAUUGCUUUAAACUUGAUUCUACUAUUACAGUUUUAAGCCUAAAAAUUAAUCAAAGGAGAUAAUAAAUCAACUACCUUGAAAUAUGAGCAAAUUGGGGUCAAAAGAACUCGUAAUGAACAGACAUCCUUCAUGAGUAACCCAGUUUUUGGCUUAAAUGUUGCCUUUGUCACAUUAGCAGAGUUUUGCCUCUCUUUUUCCACAACUACUAUGCAAGUUCUAUUACAGUAUUUUUCAAGUUAUUCAGUCAUUUCUUACAGUUUUUUGUGCACCAGGUUCCAUGCAGGAAAGUUCUCCACUCUGUUUUGUAUUUUUCUCCACAUCUCAGAUUUUAACAGAUUAGUGAAUAUUGUAGGCAGAAUUUCUUUUAGUUGUGCAAUGUACAAUAUCUCCAUAAUGUUACUAAAUGUUUUAGCAUUCUCUAGGGUUUCUGUGGUACUAAUCCAAAGUGAUUGCAGGAUGAUAGGCAGACUUCACAAAAAAGAGGCCCUUUUGGAAUGCUAUCAAAAUUCUCUGUCCAGGAUUUGACAGGUUUUUUCUGAGGCUUUGACUUCGGUUGACUUUACCAGACAUUCCUGUACUGGACUUCAUUUUUCAGGCUUUUAACCAUCUUUCUUCAGGGUAGAAAGAAGGCUAUGUUGCUGCUUAAGCCAUUUUCUGAUCUUCCCUUGGGACCAUGAGGUUGGACAUGUGGAAUCCUAGCUUUCUUGUACACUCCUUUCUGCAACUUUCACACCAAUAGGUUGAUUUUGGGAUGGCUGUGAAACAGGAUGGUGAAUAACAGAGAUCUUCAUCUGGUCUGUUUAGAAGUACCAGAACAAUGCAAGGAAAGGGGGUUUUGUUUGCUUGUUUUAAACACUCUUAAGAUUUACUGAGUACAGUGAGGAGGCUUUAGCACCCAAGUGUACCACACCCCUUUCAGAUGCCUCAGCAAACUAAUUCAUCUACUGCCAUCUUAAUAAUGAGUGGUGCAGAUGUUUUCUCUUUGUCCCCGAUAACAAGAGCUCAUGCAAGUGGAAUUCCUUGUCAACUGGAAGAAGCCAGUUGAAAUUACUCAACAUUUAGGGGCAAUUGUGGAUUCUAUCUUUCAAGACAUUGUUAUUGAAUAAUAAACGGGAUUGGGUGGGAGAAGAAGACUGGGGUCAUUCAGUAUUCAGUCUUCCAUGGAUCAGGAUCCUUUCUUGAGCUUGGGUCUGUAGUGGAUUUCCUACCUCCUUGCCAAGAGAUGCUUGCAGAAAACUUAGUGCUUACCCCGUUUUAUGCCAAUCUGCCAGCUAGAUAAAAUGCUUGUUUUUUAAAAAAAUGUGAAGGGAAGAAUUAAACUUAUUAUUGUGUUAGGCUUUGUACACUGGUAGGUACUUGGAAGCCUGCUUUAUUGGGAGGGAUUAGGAGUCACUUUCUCCUAUUUGCCCCUCCAUAAGUCUGUCUUAUGAUACCAGUGGAGCAUAACCCAAUUUUACAGUGUUUGAUAGAUAACCCAAAGGAAGUCAAAUCACAGAUAAGCAGCCAAUUACUGUUUUUAUGACCAAUACCUAGGAUAAUGGAUUAUGCAAUUUUGCUACAUUCUUUUGACCUGUAUUUUUCUCUUAUAUGUGGAACUAGUGAUGUCCUUGCAGUCAAUUUAGCACAGGCAUUCAUGGGAUGAGACAAUUCCUUUGACUUCCAGCAGCUUCAGUGUGAGGUAAACUUUUCAUGUGCAUAUUCAAGCAUAUUCUGAAUUCAGCUUCUGGUACGUCACGCUGACUUCGUAAUGACUUACUCUAAACAAAUGAAUUCUGGAUACUAAAGUGAUUAUUGGUUACAGAGAGCUGUGUAUAAAAUGUCCAAGCUAGAAUAUCGAUGUGGAAAAGUAUGGCAGAAAAGAAAGGUCUGUUACAGCAUUAGAAACCCCCUGCUCUUAUCUUCAGGGAUGAAGCAUGGUUCCCACCAAAUUAUUUAAGGAAAUGUUGCUCAGAUGGGAAAGGAGGUUGUACACUUUUGCAAUUGUUCUUUAUCCCUUGAUUUGUUGCAGAAAAAUAUUCCCUUAAUGAAAUGGUACAAAGAUGGAACCUUGUUUGUAUUAAUCUAGCAGUGUAGGCAUAUGGAGUUUGCCCAGAAUUCAUUCAAAAAGUUUCUAAGCUGGCCUCCCAGGGGUUUUCCACACUUUUCCACACUUUAUCUUCAAAGUAGCUUGAGUGCUUUGCAGGGGAAGCUGCUAAAUCAAAAUCAGCCUAUUAAAGUGUGAUAUAUAUGUAAAGCCUCUUUGUGAACGUGGACUCUUUCUUUUUGGGAUAGAAAUGCUAGAUUUUUCAAUGCAUCUGUUUACAUUUUACGGCAUGGGUUUAGCUUUAUACACCUUUCUGUUUCUAUGUAACGAAAGCACUGUUCAUACGUUUGGCUUACGUUUAGCAUUUUGAGUAAUUUUAAAGUACAUUUUACGAGUUAAUAUACUAGACCAUGGACUGAUUGAUACAGUAUGUACCCUAAGUCACAAUGGUAUGUCACCUGGUGCUAGAACUCAUGAGGCACAGUAUCACAUAACCAGUAGAGCUAAGUAUCUUCUUAAAACAUUAUUUAAGAAUGGAUUUGGCCUCUCCAGUUUAGGCUUAAUAGAGGAUAGUGCCUUGUGUCUGAGAUGAAUUUCUUCCCCAUCAUGUUCCUGUGGUUCAUUGUGACUCCAGUAGAUUUAUCAGUAUGUUAGUGUAGUUAAAUGUGUCUGGGAUGGGGUAUUUGCAUGCUACUGAGAAUGAAAAACACAUGAGCAAAGUGCUUAGUGAAUAUCAGGAAGGCAGAUUGAGCAGUUUUGCAUAGUCUGCUUUUUUUCCUCCUGUCUACUUUCUGCCCACUUCUGGUCGUGGAUGAUAUUGAACAUGAGUGAUGGGGAAAAAAUUAAUUAGCAACUUUGUUUUACUCCCCCAGUUGUUUAUAUGCAUGAGUUAUCUCUUAUCUCACAACAGCAAAUUAGUGGUACACUGCCUGCUUUUGUUCAGCUCCUAUUUUCAUCUCCACCUAGCACCAGUAAUUAUAGUUUUAUAGAUUCAUUAUUCAUAGUCAUGCCACCCACCCACACUUGUCUAUAAAACAGUAGCCCAUAAGUCUUGGCCAGUUUUACUGGAAUGCAUCAGAUUAUUUUCUUGAACCUGUUUAGAAUCAUCAGGAAUUAUAAUUUCACUCCAUAUGUCAUGUCCUUCUGCAUUGAUGCCUGCUCAUGUUAACUGGUUAUUCCUUCAUCUUCCAUGGCCCUUACCUCAAAAAAAUGGAACCCACCAUUUAAAUCAAGGAUGAUGGGAGUUGUAGUCCCAGACAUCUGGAGGGCCGGAGUUUGCCUAUGCCUGAUUUAAGCAGCUAGUUUCUCACUUAAAUUUGGUGUAAUUUUAAAUUGGCUACAAUUUAAUUAUAGGUAUUUAUUUAACUGAGUUGGAAUGCAGGCCUUGAUACUAAUUUGGGGGGGGGGUAUGAAUCCUUGGGGGGCUAUGAAUAAAAGAAUCGGCUGGGUGCCUGGAUUCAAAAUGCAGGGCUGAAUGAACUCUCCAGCAGGAGAGAGCCCCCAGUAGCAGAGUUUAAACUCACAAAAGUCAAGCAGCACUAUAGCAUGGGAAUAUAGGCUAUUAAACCCUUUUCAUAACCCAUUUAGUUGCAUACAUCACUCCUUUCUUUUUACCCCUCUGGCAAUGAACAAACCACACACUGUUAGUUUAAAAAGCUUUACUUACAAAAAAGUCAGAUUCAUGCAUUUAUCCAAGGAGCAGCAAGGAGAAGACAGAAUGUACAGAAUGAAAACUUCAGACUCGUGCUCUAAGCUUGCUCCUUGAUCAGAGAGAGAACAGGAAGAGAAGGCUUCGCUUCCUAGCACAUCAGAGAAGAGGGUGUGUGACAUAGCCAAGUCUGGGAAUACAGCUCUAUUUUCUUAACCCAUUCAUGCAGUAACUAGCAAUCAUGCAUAUUAUGUUUGACUGCAAUUUCCCACAAUUUUUUCAUCUAAACCCCCACUCCAUUUUAAUUCCUAAUUGCUACUUAAUUUAAGUAGGUAUCUUACAAGAAUCAGCAGAUUAAUAGGCCAUAAUUCGCAGUACAAGCUUCUCUACAGAGCUGUUAUCCUACAGACAAAUGUUGUCAUUUUUUGAGUUACCUUUCUGUAUAAGUGGAAACUUUCCUGCUAUCUUCCUUUCUUGCACACAGACACAAUACACACACAGAGAUACCUAAGGUUCCAAAACAAGACUGUUUUAUUUCCAGCCUUGCUUCAGAAGAGCUACUUUAAACAGCAGUUAGAAUACCCAAGGCUGCCAGCUAGCAAGUUCAAGUCAGAAGUGUAAAAUCAUAUGAAGAAUGAUCUUUGCAAUUUCAAAUUCAUUUCCAUAGUUUGGAAUUUGGAAUGGGUUCCUGUGAAUAUAUUAAAUUAGUAUGUACGAGGAGGACAGAAGCUUGCUAAAUUGCAUUGUCCAAUUAAAAAAACCACCAUUUGCUAUUUUGUUAGGAUAAACUUGUGAAUAGCAAAAUGGUACAAUUCUUGUAAGCUACAAAGUGACUCCAUUUAGUUUUCUCAUAAACGUACCUCAAGAUACAGAAAAAUGAAGGUGUGAAUUGGGGAAAUCAGUUCACCAUAACAAGCUGAAGCUAAAGUCAAUCAGCUGCCAUGGCCAGGGUUCUACAGACAUUUUAUAUUUAGCAAGUGUUUUCUUAUGUAAAUGUGUCUCCAUGGGACAGGAGUGUGUUCAGCUUGAAUAACCUUAUAGCAGUGUUUAAGUAUGCAAAGUGUUUAUAUGUAAAGGGAUGGAAUCCUUCAUAGUGACAUCAUGCACAAAUGGAUGAAUAUGUCAGUUGAUUUCCAAGUGGCAACACUAAUUUACCAGAGAUUGUGUGUAAAAAUUUAUAAUAAAUAUUUAAAUCUACUUCUUGAACCAGAAGUGAUGUUCCCCUGAGACUUUUUUAUUGUCACUAGUUUCAGCUUAAUCUGCUACUGUAAUACAAUAAUUGUCCUAACCAAUGGGAUUAAUGUCCACGAAGAGGACUGAUCUCUUAACAGCCAUCAAAGUUCUUUGGUCAGAAAAAAACACAUCAGCACACUUUAUAAAUUCUGCUUGCUUUUUACACAUCAUACAUUUGAGAAAAGUUGCUUGGUUGCUUAAAGGCUGCCUCUGCCCUGCAGCCUGUCCAAGAAGCUGUUAAAUUUCCAACUGAAAUGGGUCGUCAAGUUCUGCUGCUAGAUUUGGUUUGUGGAAGGCAAGCUGUGUGUCGGCUAACUCACACAGUGGAAGAGAGCGAUAAGAAUUCAUUUGGUUUGCAUCAUGUUGAAUAGGUUUCCACUGGAACUGCUUUGAUCUGAAAGGUAAAUGGUGUGCUGGUUUCUUUCUGGCUAGUAGUUGUAAGAAGGAUACUUUUCCAAAUGAUACAAAAUUAAGACUUCUUCCUUAAAUUUGGGAAAUUAGGUGAGGGAAUGGGGAGAGAAUAGAUUAUAUGGAUAGCUAGGAGUCUGCAGAUCACUUCCAAUAAUUUCUGGGAAACUACUAACAAGGCACACAAAGGGAAUGGUAGAUGCAAAAAGCAGUUUUUUGAAAUACAUGUUGCUACUGUAUCAAACUCACAGACUGCGCACUUGAGUAUGGACUCAUCUGUCAACAAAAUUUAAUUUUCAGUUGUCCUGUGUCUUUUAUAAAGUGCAGCAUUCUAUUACGCCAUGCAAGACUCGCAUAUCUGUUAAGUUAACCUAGUAUGGGCCAGUAUGUUGUCGGUGAAUAAAGAGGAUUUAAAUCCAAGUUGUACACAC